UUAUGUUUAAUUCUCAUACAAACUUAACUCGGCGCGUCCUAUGAAGGGGAGAUUGAAAUUUGAUGCAACAUGGACGAAAGAGAGAGGAAACAAAGGAGUUUAGAAACAAUGUCGACAUAGUCGUGCUCAUUUUAAACAAAAGGUCGAAGUUGUAGAUGCCACCUCUCGCUGUUGCGUUGCCUUUUCGUCAAACGAUGUCGACAUUCUCUCCAAAUUCCCCCUCCAUUUCUCUCACCUCUGAUCCUGUCCUGCAUGCUCUGCUUGCGAGGUCCAUGCGGCAGCCUAUAAAGACUGACAUCAUGGCGUUCAUUAACAACACUAUACCAUCAUCCUCGGAUGUAAUAUAUAUAUAUAUAUAUAUAUAUUUUACCUGCCACCAGCUUUGCUUUUGAUUUUCUCUUCCCAUGUUAUUCAUUGAGGAUAUCUGGCCGCUGUUCUCUAUUGGUUGUUUCGGAUCAAAGACUAAGCUUUUCUCUGAGUCCCUUUUGCAGUCAAUAACCGAUUCAAUGAGCAACACAAGCUGCCAAUCCUCGGAGCUAGAGAUUUGUCGUGACGAGGCAGCAGCAUUGAAGUUAAAGUUCAUAGCCAUAGCCUCAAUCCUCCUCGCUGGUGUAGCUGGCAUUGCUAUUCCACUCAUUGGCAGGCAGCGUAAGUUCCUCCGUACAGAUGGGAGCCUCUUUGUUGCUGCCAAGGCCUUUGCAGCCGGCGUAAUUCUUGCUACUGGCUUCGUCCACAUGCUCUCUGCUGGAACCGAUGCUCUCACGGAUCCUUGCUUACCAAAAUAUCCUUGGUCGAAGUUCCCAUUUUCAGGGUUCUUUGCUAUGAUUGCUUCUUUGAUUACUUUGCUUGUGGAUUUUGUGGGGACUCAGUAUUAUGAGAAGAAACAAGGUUUGGCUAGAGGAAAAACGGAAGAGCAGGGCCGUGUCGAGUCGUUAGAGGCAGAUUCAGAGAGUGCGAUUGUGCCAGUUGUGGAAGGGAAAGAUUGGAAUGGGAAGGUUUUUGGGGAAGAGGAAGGUGGGGGCAUGCACAUUGUUGGGAUGCAUGCGCAUGCAGCACAUCAUAGGCAUAGUCAUCCACAUGGACAGGAUGGCUGUGAUGGGCUAUUGAGGAGUCGUGGACAUGAACAUGACCAUGGACAUGAACAUGGCUUUGGCGGUGGGGAUGCUGAUAAUGGAGUGAGGCACGUCGUCGUUUCCCAGAUUUUGGAGCUUGGAAUUGUAUCACACUCAGUAAUCAUUGGCCUGUCACUGGGUGUUUCCCAGAGUCCAUGCACAAUAAGGCCUCUAAUUGCAGCAUUAUCAUUUCAUCAGUUCUUUGAAGGAUUUGCACUUGGAGGCUGCAUCUCUCAAGCUCAAUUCAAAACAUUAUCAGCCACAAUCAUGGCUUGUUUUUUUGCAAUUACAACCCCAGCUGGAAUCGGCAUUGGGACUGCCGUUGCCUCAUUCUACAAUCCUAACAGCCCUGCAGCUCUGGUUAUCGAAGGCAUCUUAGACUCCUUAUCAGCUGGAAUUCUGGUUUAUAUGGCUUUAGUAGAUUUAAUUGCUGCAGAUUUUCUUAGUAAGAGGAUGAGCUGCAAUUUUAGGCUUCAAGUAGCAUCUUACUUCAUGCUCUUCCUAGGAGCUGGUCUGAUGGCUUCCCUUGCCAUCUGGGCCUAAAUCUUACAACUAUGGAGGAGACUGUUUAAUUGUUUACUAGUUCUUUUUUGGGCGUUUAUUUUUGGAAUGCAAGAGGAAAUCAUAAAAUUCAUUUUUUGUUAAUUUCUUCAAAAUGGCAAGGAACACUGCGGAAAAGGAAAAAAGAUGCUGUAAACAUUGUCAGGCUUCACAACAUUUUCACCUGUUUGUAUAAGAUGAAAGUCUAGAUAUUGACAGCAACAUUCCAAAGUGAAGGGAAUUAAUGGUUCAAUCUCUGAUAACAGCUCUCCUUUUUUUUUUUUUUUUUUCCUUUUGUUCUUUAUCUCACCCAAGAAGGUUCUUCCUUGAACACUUGGUCGCAAUGAUUGGCUGAUAAUAGAUAUGUAGUUCAAAGAGUUUGCUUUUAGAUGAAAGAUUUGGCCUUUGUCUCUAAUCUGUGUCUUCCAGUUGCUUGAAAACUGGUUUACAGGGAGGUCUGUGGGCUAGUGAAAAAUCUCCUAUUCCCUCCCUUCCUGCAUUACAGCCAUUAAAAAAGAGAGAGAUGCAGAGAGCAAUGAUCUUUGUUGCUAUUUUUUGCAUGAGCAAGGGAUGCAUUCUAAGACAAAUCAAAAGACCAUAAAGAUGCUGCAACUGAAGUGUGUUAAUGGAGAAAUCAAAGUAACAACAGUGGAGACUUGUCCUUAAGAGAAUAAGAAAAACCCUUAUCAUAGGCUAAAGGUCUCUUCUUUUAAGCCCAUAAUAAUAAUAGUAUCCUUUCCUGUUUAAGAUUGUUUUCAUUGGUGCAUAAAAAUGGCAAGUGUCAUUCAGGCAAAUUACUAUAGAGGCAGGACGUAGCUAAAGAGUAUAUGGCAUACAAGGUAUAAAACACAUGCCAUAUGUUUUUGGUCAUGAAUCUACAUCGUUAGAGUUGGUUGAGAUACAAGCGUGCAUAUCAUUUUCAAUUUACGAGAUAUUUUUUGUGACAUAAAAUCUUAAAAUUUUGACGUGGACAGUAAAAGUGUUAUUGAGGCUUGUAGU